AUGAGUGCAACGCCAGCCUCCCUCGACUCCGGCCUGACGUCCCAGGUCCUGCGUUAUGCUCUCGUAUACGCGGUCAUUCGGUUAUAUGUCAGGGGGUCACAGACUCAGAAUGCCUCACUGAUAGUCGUGUCAAUACUUUCUGUCAUCACAUUGGCGGGGCGCCAGUGGCUCUGGUUCAUUAGCAAAUACGUUCCUGAGCCAUACUUGGAUGAAGUAUUUCACAUCCCUCAAGCUCAGGUCUACUGCGAUGGGAGAUACGGCGAAUGGGAUGAAAAAAUCACCACUCCUCCGGGGCUCUACCUCUCAACCAUACUCUUCAACCGCUUAUUCUGGCUUUCCUGCUCAGUCCACAAUCUACGAUCUUUCAAUGUGGAUAUAAUAUCGUACCUGGCUGUCGCAGCCAUGAUCUGCAGGGCUCGAUUCGAGCAGCCACAGACAAGAACGCGGAGUCUGAAUACUCGGUACUCGUCCUAUGCCAUCGGAACAGGGGUCAAUAUCGCCUUGUUUCCCGGCUUGUUCUUCUUCUCGGGCCUCUAUUACACGGAUCCUAUUUCAACACUUGCCGUGCUCCUCGCCUACUCGAACCACGUAGCACGAGCUGGCAAAGAAAAGACAUCCUUGGGGAACGACCUCUACACCCUCGGCCUUGGGAUCCUUACUCUAUGCAUGAGGCAAACCAACAUAUUUUGGGUGGUUGUCUACAUGGGCAGCCUAGAGGUGGUGCACGGCAUCAAGACCCUGAAGCCAGAACCGGUAGAAGCUCCCGUGCUUAAGACCUUGCCGGACCAGUUGAAGUUUUAUGCUCGGAGGUACUCUCUCGGGGAUAUCCAUGAUCCCGCAUUGGACCUCGCGUCCCCAAUCGACAUUGUGCUCUGCAUCGCUAGUAUUGGCAUUGCAGCCGCUUGUAACCUCACAUUAGUCGUGCGCCGGUUUGUUUGGCCACAUGGCGCUGUCCUCACUGCGUUUGUUGCCUUUGUGGUAUGGAAUGGUGGAGUAGUCCUUGGCGACAAACCCAACCAUGUGGCGACUCUCCAUCUAGCCCAGAUGCUGUAUAUAUGGCCUCUCUUCGCAUUCUUCUCGGCUCCCCUGCUCAUUACACCAAUUUUCCACUCCAUCACCCAGGUCUAUCGCGGCUUGAUGUCUUCAGCCACAACGCCAGCAGGCGAGCAGGGCCGCGGAAAAGGUUCAGAUGACCAAAGUGACUCGGCUGGCAAGCAGUCUGCCACCCUAAAGGCAUGCAACUAUUUCGGAUCUAUUCCUGCAAUCCACUCCAUUAUCGUACUCAUCGGCGCCCUCGCAAUCGCAGCGUUGAUCGUCAAGUUCAACACUAUCAUCCACCCCUUUACCCUCGCGGACAACAGGCAUUACAUGUUCUACGUCUUCCGCUACAGCAUUCUCAGGGCAUGGUGGAUCCGCUAUGCGCUCCUGCCAGUGUACGUGGCGUGCGCCUGGAUGUGCUGGACAGCUCUGCAGGGAGGUCCGGUAGCAAGUCCUGACGGGGCUCAAGGCAGACGGCAGUGGCACCAGUCGCCCUUCACCAAGGCAUCAAGCAAAGUCUCACCAGCAUCCUCCAAAAAGCAGUCGAAGGAAGGGCGCAGCGGCAUCCCCACCCCCGAGCCAGGUGCUUCAGCGACGACAGCACCGCCUACCUCGACCGUGCUGCUCCUCUUGCUCGCCACGACGCUCUCGCUCAUGACUGCGCCGCUGGUCGAGCCCCGGUACUUCAUCCUGCCGUGGGUAUUCUGGCGACUCCUCGUGCCAGCCUGGCCGGUAUCCGAGAGCACUGCAUCGUGUAAGGAGACGGCAACGCCUGAUACCCCAAGGAUCUCCCUUGGUAGAAAACUACUGUCCACCAGGAUCGACCCGAGACUGGUGCUCGAGACGGCCUGGUUCCUGCUCAUCAACGCGGGCACCAUGUACAUAUUCCUGACGAGGCCCUUCUACUGGAAGACACCAGAUGGCGCGUUGCUCGAUGAUGGACGAGUGCAGCGGUUCAUGUGGUGA